GGCAAAAGCGUCAACAUGGUUUCCUGGAAUCAAGAUGAUCCAAAGAAAGACAGCUCAGCGCCUCCCUUUCACCUUGUGCAGCCCCCAAAAAUCACUAUUCCAAAGGCAAACAGGCGAGACAAGAAAGAGAGGUGGGAGGGCAGACGUGCAAGAGACGACCUGUCCCGUGAUGACUUGUUGUUUCUGCUCAGUAUUCUGGAGGGAGAACUACAGGCCAGAGAUGAGGUAAUCGCUGUGUUGAAAUCGGAGCAGACAGACUCAGCUCUACUGGGGGCCCAAUAUGGUUUCAGCAGACCGGAGAAGGUGCUCCGUGCCCUGCAGAGAGACUCCCUCCGGGCCCAGCAGGACCACCAGCAGGAUGUGAACAAAAAACCAAUUGCUGAGCUCAACCAUUUGGUGGAGUCCCAGAAGCGCUCAUUUGAACGGAUGCAGCAGCAGCUCCUGGAGGUGUCCCGCUCUCACAGCAGCGCCCUGCACAGGCUUCAGGAGCAGGAGAGCAGCCACGGGGCUUUUAUCCACAAGAGUCACUGCCUUACCACUCUACUGGAGGAGGACAGAGAGAGACUCAAGCUGCUGAUUGUUAAGGAGAGAGAAUACCAAGAGAUAAAGGAGAAGAAACGUGAAAGAGAAAUAUCAACUCUAAAGGACGAGCUGACCAAGCUGAAGGGUUUUGCACUGCUGGUUGUAAAGGAGCAAGAGUGUCUGAGUGAGCUGCUAGAGGAGGAGAGGGGUCGCAUCCAAGAACUGACCGCCAUCACUGACCACAUCAAGCAGGAGGUCAGUGCCGCUAACCCCGGCACAAAGAAGGAGGAGCACAUAUCUCUGCACCAUAAUCAAGUUUCCAUCGUCCACCAAAGCCAGAGCACCAUGACAGCCCCAAGCCUGCUGUCAGAGGUCGAGGUACUGAGGAGAAGAGUCGUGGAAAUGGAGGGAAAGGAUGAGGAGCUGAUACGUAUGUGGGAACAGUGCCGAGAUCUGGACCGCAGACUGGCGAGGGAGACCAGCCACUGCCGUAGCUUAAAAGUUGAGGUAGAUAAACUCAAUGGGAGGAUCAGUGAAUUGGACAGGUUAGAGGACGCUUUAGGUAAGAGCAAACAGGACUGCAGUAUUCUGAAGGGCAGCUUGGAGCGAGAGAAAGAGGUGAGCAAGUUGCUGUCUGGUGAGCUCAACACUCUGAAAGUUAGGGUGAGAGAGCUGGAGGCCAACGAAGGCCAACUGGAAAAGAGUGAGUCGGUGAUUAGGCAGGACCUGGCCAAGCUCAGGUCACUGACUGUAGCUUUGGUGGAGGACAGAAAGACCAUGGCCGAGAGGCUCAGACAGGCUGAGGAAAAACUCAACAGGAAGGAAGGCAAAAGAAAUGAGCAAAGCAAUUUGGCAACAAUGACAGAGAGACUGAGAGAAGAGAGGCAGCAGGCACUGAGGUGUAAGGUAGAUUUAGAGGAAAGGAUUAAGGGCAUAACAAAGGAAAAACAUGAGCUCCAAGACAGAUUGAAAACAGAGGAGGAAAGGAACGGAGAGCUACAGAGUAAAAUAACCAUAAUGAAGAAAAGGUUGCAAGUCUUAGAAAACAGGAAAGAAAAAGAGGAGAAGUACACAUACAGCUCUAUUCCCAACAACCAUCACUGCCAAACAGAGGACAACAAAGUAAAAGAACUGACAAGAGAGCUAGAUGGACUGCGAAAGAGACUACAGGACAAGGAGGUGUUGGAGGAAGAGCUGAUGAAGGUGGAGGAGGACUUUGAGUCCCUACAAAAGAGGUUCAAGGACGAACAGAGGAGGACUCAGGCUCUAACAGAGGAGCUAGAAGCCGCAAAGAGGGAACUCUCCAGAUACGAGCAGGCAGAGAAACAGGAGGUCAACCAGGAGCACCUUCUUCUAUGCCGUCUUCAGAAAGAGCAGGUUAAGUCCAGACUAUUAGGCAGAGAGGUGGAUGCCCUGAAGGAGAAACUGCAGAAGCUGAUGGGAACUGAGGAGUCCAUUUGCAGGGUUCAGACGGAUCACUCCGUGCUGCAGAGAAAGCUGACCCAGCAGGAAGCCAGUAACAGAGAGCUGGCCAGAGAGAUGAAGGAGCUGAGUAGUGAGCUAGACAGGCACAGACGAAUCAAGAAUCUCACACCUGGUGCAAACAGACAACUUUUUUCAGACCUUCAUCAGACCACCAAAGAGGUUCAGACUGAGCCAGCAGAUAGCCUGCCUCCUGACUACAGCGAGAAACUCGAUAAAGAAAUUGAGGAUGAGGAUCCAAACCACAAUGCAGAAGUCAUAAAAAGGAGAAGCUCUCUUGUCAACAAUCUGAACAGCUUAAACAGCGCAAAUAAUAACGUCAGCCAGUACAGCAGUCAUUCAGCCAAUGGUGUAGAUAUGCACCAAACGGUUAACGGAGAGGUGAUGUUAACGCACACACCGGGGCAGCCCUUGCACAUCAAAGUAACACCACAUCAUAUACUCAACACAGCCAUGCUGGAGAUCAGCAGCCCCACUGGAGACGCAGCUACGUCCUACACCAGCACAGCUGUCAUCCCAACAAGCGGGGCCUCACCUAAACAGAGAAUAACCAUCAUCCAGAACUCAGCUCUGUCUGCAGUUAAUUCCAAAACCCCACCUUCAAGCCCUGACCGCACCAUCUCCCCACUUGACAGCACACCCAUCUCUCAGGUGAUGAACCCAAACUCAUCGCGCUCUGCAACACCCGACCACAGCUCCCCCAUUCAGAUAGUCACAGUCCGGACCUGCUCUCCAGAGCCAGCAGACGCCGCGCAUCAGACCGUCUUCUGCAAGACGCCAGAGCGACAGAACAGCUGGCAACAUCAGAGGUCCAACAGCACCGACUCAAGCCCAAGCAUCAUUGCCACGGAGGAUAACAAGAUCCACAUCCAUCUGGGGAGCCCCUAUAUCCAGUCUCUGAAUGGUAUGACCCACAGCAUUCCACAGCCUGCUGGGCCAUACUAUGUCCGACAUGAGCAAAGGACUCAAGUGCUCGCCAACGGCUGUCAUGUCAAAGGUGUUGGCAAGAUUACAAGUAGCAUCACUAUAUCCCCUGCUACCUCUGCAGCUUCACAUUCCUCUAAUAUAACAGUAAGUGGCCUUUGUGAUUAGAUGAAGAUGUAUUCUGAACAUAUAUUAUCAUGUUUCACUCACAUUCAUGGACAGAAUCACUUCCUCUAACGAAAACCCAGAGUUUGUUGUAUUUUGCCAUAAUCAUCAAAUAAAAGCUUUGUGGUAUUUGUCCUAUUAGAGCCUUUGUAAAGCCGACUUGAUCUAGCGUGUGUGUCCAUAGACUUAAAGCUUAAACAACCCUUUAAAUAUUGACUGUACGACGUGUGUGUAGUGUCUGUGCGAGAGCUAAGUGAGACAUCAUCGCAAUCAAAUGUGUGAUGUGCUUUUUUUUUUUUUUUUACAGUUUUCUGUUUCAUUAUUGUUUCUUUCUGUUUAUUAAAAGCAUUUGUGUUGAUUUUACUUAUUCGGCUUGAAUACUUUUGAGAGGAGCUUGACAUCAUCACAUCUAUUAGGUUACAGUUGGAAUAAGGAACGACAAAAAAAAUAGGGUUUGAUGUUUCUUUUCUCCCAGGCUAACACCACUCUGCAUAGCGCAACACAUCCAGCACAUAUCUGAUUAUUUGACACAUUUUGUGUUUGCUAAGUUUGAUUCAAAAGUUGAGUCACCCACUAUCUCAACCACAGCAUAAUUCCUCAGAACUGUGUGCGUGUGUGUGUGUGUGUAUAAGUGUGUGAAACCUCCUUCAAAUAUGCACUGGAAAACUCGGCUCAUGUUUUUC